UCAAGAAAAGAAGUGAAAGAUAUGGUUUUAGUUCCUUAGAGCAAGGAUCAAGUAGUGGUGAAUCUAGUGUUACAUGGCAUGACCCUAGCCUAGAGUGGGUGCACUUUUCAUUGGGGAAGAUGAAGUUGUGGGCAUUGAGUCUACAAGGGAUGAGCUCGUAAGCUGGUUGGUGGGGGGAGUAUCUAAACGAUCUGUUAUUUCAGUUGUAGGCAUGGGCGGAAUUGGUAAGACAACUCUUGCUAAGAAAGUAUAUGAGAAUGAAUUAGUGAAAGGACAUUUUGAUUGCCGUGUUUGGAUCACAGUGUCUCAGUCAUACAAUGUCCAGAAGAUACUCAUGUCCAUGACAAAGAAAGUCUACUGUGAAAAUGAAAUGGCUCCAGGACAAAUAGACAUGACGGACGAGAUCACAUUAAUCAGCCAGUUGAGGAAAUAUUUACAGCAAAAGAGGUAUGUUGUGGUUUUUGAUGAUGUUUGGACGUCAGAGUUUUGGGAAAUUGUGAAACAUGCUUUACCAUGCAAUGACAGAGGAAGCAGGAUUAUUAUCACAACACGCAAUGAUCUCAUUAGUGUAUCUUGUAAAGAAUCUUUUUUCGAUCAGGUCCACAAGCUACAACCUCUGUCUCAAGACAAGGCUUGGGAAUUGUUUUGUAGAAAGGCAUUCCAGUCCGAGUUUCAAAGGUGUUGUCCCAAAGAGUUGGUGAAACUGUCGAUGGACAUUGUCAAAAAAUGUGAAGGCCUACCACUUGCAAUUGUUGCCAUAGGUGGUCUUUUGUCAACAAAGGAAAAGGUGCCAUUAGAAUGGAAAACGUUGCAUGAUAGCCUCAGUUCUGAGCUAGAAUGUAAUCCACACCUUACAAAUGUAACAAAAAUUCUCUCUCUUAGUUAUCAUGAUCUUCUAUGCUACCUAAAGGUUUGUUACUUGUACUUCGGCAUUUUUCCAGAGGACUACUCCAUCACAAGUACAAGAUUACUUUGGCUAUGGGAAGCUGGGGGCUUCAUAAAAGGAAAGAAGGGAAAGGCACUGGUAGAGGUAGCUGAUGAAUACUUAAUGGAGCUCAUCCACAGAAACUUGGUUCAAGUUUCAUUUGCGGAGUUUGAUUAUGAGAUAAUUAGAAAGUAUAGAAUCCAUGAUCUGCUGCACGAAACCAUCCUAUCGAAGAUUGGAGAGUUGAAUUUCUCUCAAGUUCUGGAAGCAGGCAAUACUACUUUCCAUGGUAAAAGUCGGAGCCUAUCAAUCCACGAUGCUAGAGAAAAUGUUUUUGAGACAAUUGAGUACUCUCGUGUCCGUUCUAUUUUUCUCUUCAACAUUAAUGAAAUGCCCCAGUCUUUCAUGGUUAAAUUGUUCAAAAAGUUCAAGCUUUUGAAAGUGUUAGAUUUUGAAGAUGCUCCUAUUGAUUAUCUUGCUCAAGAAGUGGGUACUUUAUUCCAUUUGAAGUACUUAAAUUUGAGGGGAACAAAAGUGAAGAUACUUCCAAAUUCAGUGGGACCUAUCAAUGAUUGA